CCCUAGAAUUCCAAAAAACGCUUCCGGGAGAAGGUUCGCAUCUUGGAGUUCAGUUCUAAUUCGCUUGUUACUGCUUGUUACUCUACUGUAAAGACACCAGAGCACCUUUUUAUAAGAUCUGGAGGCAUGUAUUAAUACAUGCAAAAUAUACAGUAAUAAUCAGUUAACAAAUAUCUUCAGAGAGGAUGGAAACAACAGCGGGUGUCUCCAAUGGACCUGGAUAUGAGGAAAAAGAAAAUCAUCUCAGUCCAGAGGACUUGUCUGAGAUGCUGGCAGCAGGGACCAAGGAGGUUCAUGAAAAGGCCGAGAACACGCAGUUUGUGAAAGAUUUCCUCAGGGGGCGUAUUCGCAAGGAGCUUUUCAAGCUUGGUCAUGUGGCUCUUUACUACACAUAUACCGCCAUGGAGGAGGAAAUCGAAAGGAAUAAGGACCACCCCCACUUUGCCCCUCUGUAUUUUCCUGCCGAGCUGCACCGUCAUGAAGCUCUGGCUCGUGACUUGGAGUACUUUUAUGGUCCAGAGUGGAAGGGCCAAGUCAGCUGCUCCCAAGCCACCCAACGUUAUGUGGACCGUAUUCACCAGGUGGGACAGGAGGACCCGGUGCUGCUGGUGGCCCACGCCUACACCCGCUACAUGGGUGACCUGUCAGGGGGCCAGGUGCUGAAAAAGGUGGCACAGAGAGCCUUGAAGCUGCCGCCUACAGGAGAAGGUGUGGCGUUCUACCAGUUUGAUGGGAUCCAUAGUGCUAAAGCGUUCAAACAACUUUACCGGAGUCGGAUGAACGAGCUGGAUCUGGACAAGGAGACCAAAAGGAGGCUGGUGGAGGAAGCUGUUAAGGCUUUUUAUUUUAACAUGGAGGUGUUUGAGGAGUUAGAAGAGUUUGGUAAAACAAUUCAGGAGGAUGUGUUGGAUGCUGGGAUGGCUGUUCAUGGAGCAGUGGGUGGAGACAUCAGCAAAUGCCCCUAUUACGCUGCUAAAAUGGCUGCAUCCGGUGGAAAAGCCUACAUGUGCCAGCUGGUCAUGGCAGUCCUCAGACACCCGACAGGGCAGGUUCUGUGUGCCACCUGGUUCGCUGCUCUGGCUGGACUGGCUGCAUGGUACCUGAUGUGAUCCAGCAGUCAGCCUGGUAACUCAAGAGACAGAGACAUGUCAAAGGAAGGACGAUGAGAAGACUGGAAGGUUCCUGCCGACGGAACACUUUAUACAAACGUCUAAACCAGGUCCAUGUGUGCUGAUGUUCUAACGUUCUGGUUUUAGUUUUAGAAUUAGCAUAACACGACCUGUAGGACCACUAGGAUGCCAGCUCCCUUCAUAAAGUACAACCUUUUCUUUUGUCUACCUCCAAAUGCAAUAUCCUUUCACUCUGUGAUUGUCCAGUAGGAAAAAUAGCAGCGAAGAUUUAGAAAAUCAAGAUGUUCACAAAUAUCCCCACAAGCAAAACACUUUUCUGAAUGUCCUCCAAGGCUUUGUCAGCAAAAAAGUUGCCCUUAGAUAAGCAUCAGAUGUUUGUUACAUGACUUAAUUGUGUCGUGGUCCCUUAACAGGAAAUAUAAAAGCAGUUUAGUUAUGGCUCGCUCCUCCUUGAGCGCAGCUUAACAAGUCUGUUAAUCUGGAUGGAAUUAAGCGGUCAUGGGAAAAAAAAAAUCACCUGACCUUCAGUUCACCUGAAGCGCUGCUGAUGUGUGCGAGGCAUGACGCGGGUCAUGUGUGACUGUCAUAAACAUGGCUGCUGUGGCAGGCUUGGUUCAUUUAGCACUCAGAGCUGUAACUGGAUUUAAUGGCACCAUCAGCUAAUGAGUCGAUGGGAAAGCAUUCGGUGUGGCAGGUUUUUAACCAGCUGGCCUGCUGGUUGAUAUUUAAUGUAUCGAAAAUAUGUGGAAGUAAAUACAUCCCUGUAUUUAUGAGUUUUUUAAAUAAAUCUGUGAAAACUGCCUAAUUGGAUCAUUCAUAUCAAAUCGAAAAAGGUUUAUGGAAAGGUAAGACGUGUGUGUGUGUGUGUGUGUGCUGUGACUCAGGACAGGAACACACAAUCUAAGUGGUGGAUUAAAAAGUAACUUUAUGAGAUAAACUAAUAAUCUAUUCUAGUGCACGUUAACCAUAACUAGUCCUCAGCUCAAUUUCCCAUAAUUCAUCAUUCUGUUAACCUACAGGAGCCUUUUUAGGACUAGUAGCCGAUUGAACCGUGCUCAUGGAUAAACGUGUGACGUUUGGACUAGAAGGGGGUUCUGCAGCGUUUCUGAUUCGAAUGUUUCUCUCCUGAUAAAUUCUCCAUCACCCCUACGGUGCUGGGAAAACCUCCCCAAGCUUCCUGCUUUGUGUUUUCCUUAUUUCAACAUUUUCUAGCAAGCUUGGACCAGAUCACCAAAAAUGUUUUUGCACAAAACUUCCACCUUUAAAUGUUUCUUUUGGUUAGCAGCUGUUGUGCAUAGAUAUAGUAAAUGUGGCGAUGCCUGGUGUGUUGUUACCAGAGCUCCUUCAGGUGGACUCGUGGUCAGAAAACUGAUCAUUAUCAGUAUUUUAACAGUAAACGCCAUUAAAGCAUGUUUAGCAUGAAGCGGAGCUUUGCUGUGACUAACUAAUGCACUUUACUGUACGAGGAGGAAACCUGGGGUUAUUUCAUGUUUCCAGUAAUAAAAUGUUUUAUUCUUCAUACUAAAA